UACUUAAUUCAAUUUUGCCGGGCAAGUAAUGUAUAUAAAUACGAAAUUAUUCGGAGGUUAUGUUUAACGUGAAAGUUAAUACGAAGGCGUUCUUAUGAAUAGUUUCACAGUAUUAUUAGGAAAAAAGAUUUGUACUUAGAAAACAUAUCUUUGAGUAUUUAAAGGUAUUUAAAAUGGGGGAGCGAUAUACUAUUCACACUCAGUUGGAGCAUCUUCAAUCUAAAUACAUUGGAACUGGUCAUGCUGACACAACUAAAUUUGAAUGGCUUGUAAAUCAACAUAGAGACUCUUGUAGUUCUUACAUGGGUCAUUAUGAUCUGUUAAAUUUCUUUUCUAUUGCCGAAAAUGAAGCUAAAGCCCGAGUUCGUUUCAAUCUUAUGGAAAAAAUGUUACAACCCUGUGGUCCACCACCAGAAAAGCCAGAAGAUUAAUGUGUAGUUUGUUUAUGUUUAAGUGUAUAAAAAAAACAUUUUAUUUAAUUAAGAAUCAAUAAAAAUAUAUUUGUACUAUAAUGAA